UGAGUGAGGAAAGGAACACGAAACGCAUGUGUUUUGAGUGAGACUGUAAACGGAUCCUGAUAUAUUUGGGAAUGAGUCUGUUGUACGAACGUACUGGUUUUCUUAAAAGUCUCAAGCAAAAGUGUAACAAUCAUUCAUUUGACACUUUAUUAUUAAACUAGUGGAUCGACAAGUUUGGACAAAAUCGUGGAUUUAUAAUUCGGUGUCUCAACUAACGUACAUACAUAUUGCUAAAUAUGAUAUUUUAUCUGUGAAAUAUUAAACUGUCAAUAAACUGACGAUAAAAAGUAUAGCCAUCCAAAAGUUCUGAUAUACGAAUACAUGAAGCAGUGAUUCCGCGUUAAACUUGAGACUUGAACAAGAAACUCAAAAGCUUAGUCUCAACUUCAGUCCGUGACAAGAAAAAAGUUUCAAGUCAAGUCUUAACUUCCCCACUACAAAAUCCAUCCAUGACUUCCCAAAAAGAAAGCUAGUUUAACUCGGUGUUUUAAUUGCCUAUUUGAAUUGAUCGGACUAUUAACAAAUUCUGCAAAACCUGUAGCACAACCUAAAUUCCAGUGUCGCUCAGAGUGUCAACGUUGCAUUCCAAUCAUCGAUGAUACGUACACAUACAUACAUUUGUGCAAUUUAAUGAUUUAUUCUCUAAACAAGAACCCCUGCUGAAGUCUAAAGCUCUUACAUAAAAACAGCAAGCUAAGCCAACUAACACGGACGAAAAAAUAAUUCAUCUCAUCAGAUACUGGAUCUGAUUUUAUUGUUAAUCGGAUUGUGUGAGUUGAGCUGCAUUUCGUUGUCGUCAAAGCCCAGAGACAAGAACAAGGUGUGCAAAGACAAACAAAGCAAAGAAGCCAGAGUCAACCUGUCGUCUGUGAACAUUCUUCUCAGUGAUCGUGAACAUAAUUUAAUUGACAGUAACGUGACAAGGGUUCGGAUCACGGACAACGGCUUUGCUCUGCUCCAGAAAGAAUUAUCUGAAUGCCCCAUUUUGUCACGUCCUUCACACACACGUUCGGAUGGUUACUUGAUAUUCCGUGAAGGCAUCCUCUCUCUCUCCCUCCUGCAGUAGCACGAACUGCAGUUUUAUCUCAAUAAUAAAUAUUAUUAUGUAUGUAUAAAGUGUGGAUGGAACAAUGCGUGUAUGUGAGCUUGUGAUUUCUCCAUUUUCACUAUCACGUCAUUAUUGACAGGAGCAAAAUUCACUCGUAGCUGGUAGAAGAACUCCCAUAAUUGACCUGUGCCAAAGCAAAACCAAACCAAUUCAACUUGUGUAUUGAAACGGCUACAUUUGAAUUAUCUCUCAGCAUUUUUUAUUUAUCGCCAGGAAAAUAAAUGAAAGAUCUGCAAAUUGGAUAAAACCUGAAAGCAAACAUUAUUAAAUAGCUCAUUCGAAUUGAGGGAACAGGAUUCACGAACAACCUGCAAACUUCAAGCAACUAUUCAACAAGUUCUCAACCGUCGCAAGUUCGUCCGUUCGUCAGCUCAAGCGAGCGAGUGUGAACAGCAAAUUUGAGAUUGGCAAGCGGGUGGCGAUAAUGAGUGGGCUGAUAAAACAAUGGCGAAACGGGAUGCUGAUCUAUUAAGAAGGGGGAAUCAAGAUCAACCUGCAUGUCAUCAACACACACGAUAAGCAGAUGAACAAGAGAGAUUUUCCUAAACUUUGAACUCGUCCGUAUGCACUGCCAAUUGUCCACACCUUAGGCCGACGUGUUCAAAGCUAAACUUGACAGUUGGAGUAGCGUAGAAUAAUUAAGAAGCUGCAAACUUCCGAAAAAGUAUAAUCAUCUGCCGUAAUCUUGAACAUAAUAUAACCGCUACUGUUCGGGUCUGGUGACGAAUAAAUAUCUGUGCGUUUUACUAAAGUGCUAAAAUAUUCGGCCCGUGACAAUAUUCGCACUUUUGCAAAGAAAGAGAGCAGAAAGAUAGAAUUAAAAUGAUGGGGCCUGGAGACGGAUACUCUGGACACCAUUCACACCACCCAUCGCACCCCAUGCCCAUGGAUCUGCAUGUUCCGCAAGCAGCGUUCCCAUACUACAGGUACCGGAAUGAGGCGUUUUGCUGGCCUGAGAGGAAACCUGGCGUAGACGAUAUGGCCAGUCAAGGCAUGCUGAAUCAAAGAAUCCAGAAUAACUACGACCAAAGGUUUCAACCCACAUCCAUUGCCAUGCCUAUUUUGGAAUUAAGGAAGGAGAAGAGCCGAGACGCUGCCCGUAGCCGUCGGGGGAAGGAGAAUUAUGAAUUUUACGAACUUGCAAAGUUACUACCCCUUCCUGCUGCCAUCACAUCUCAACUUGACAAAGCAUCAAUCAUCCGACUGACAAUCUCCUUCUUGCGAUUAAAGGAUUUCUCCGCCCAAGGCGAACCUCCAUGGCAGAAAGACAAUCCUAACCUAGCCAAGAAAGCAAAUGGAAGACCUCGCUCGUCUGGCAAUAUAACACUUGACCUAUUCGAGCAACACCAGGGAACUCACAUUCUCCAGUCCUUGGACGGCUUUGCAUUUGGCCUGGCUGCAGAUGGUCGCUUCCUCUACAUUAGCGAGACGGUUUCGAUCUAUCUUGGACUUUCACAGGUUGAGAUGACUGGAAGUAGCAUAUUCGACUACAUUCAUCAACAAGACCAUGCCGAGUUGGCUGAGCAACUGAACCUCGGACUUUCCACCGGUCCUGGUGCUAAUAUUCCUUCACCUUCAGAAUCUGAAGAUGGUUCUUCCCACUCAACCACAAAUAAUCCUGACGUCAACUCCGUGAUGACCCUCAGCAGUGCAAACUACAAAGGUUUGGAUCGAGCAUUUUGCAUUCGGAUGAAGUCCACCCUAACCAAACGAGGAUGUCAUUUCAAAUCUUCUGGCUAUAGGUUUCAGGUUGUCCUAGUUUUAAGCAGAUUGCGGCCACAGUAUUCCUUCUCGCACUCGAGAAAGUCGCCCCCUCCAUUGUUGGGGAUGGUCGCCCUGGCCAUCGCUCUACCACCGCCAUCCGUGCACGAAAUCCGACUCGAAUGCGACAUGUUUGUGACCAGAGUUACAUUCGACUUUAGAAUUGUCCAUUGCGAGCCAAGGGUAUCAGAGCUCUUGGAUUAUUCUAGCGAAGAGUUGACGGGCAGGAAUUUGUACGCAAUCUGCCACGCAGAGGAUGUUUCGAAGCUUCGAAAAUGUCACGUUGAUUUGUUGGGCAAGGGCCAGGUUAUGAGUCAGUAUUUUCGCGUAAUGAACAAGAAUGGGGGCUACACUUGGAUGCAGACUUGUGCAACGGUGGUUGUCAACUCCAAGAAUGCUGAUGAGCAAAGUAUUAUUUGCGUGAACUAUGUCAUCAGUGGAAAGGAAAAUACCAACGUGAUUAUGGAUUGCUGUCAAUUGGAGCAAGAUUGCCCACCACCUGCGGUAAAGAAGGAAGUCUUGGUGGACGAAACUGACCGGAAAUCUCCCGAUCAAGACCCUGCAGAUGGGAGCGGUCAUGGUAGAGACGGGUGUGGCCCUCACAAUCUGGACACCACAACUCCUCCCGCUGCCAGAGCAGGACCUGCAUCCGAACGAUCACCGGAAAUUCGAGAUUCUUGUACAGGUCGAGAGAGGAGAACACCCCACUCGGCCGUUCACCCAAGAACAAAUGCUAGUCGACUAUCAGAUGAAACAUCUUCGGUGCUCCCAGAUUCGCAGCCAAUCUCCACACCGGAUCAUCUCGAACGAACGCAGUCGGUCAGAUCUCUUGACUCUGAACCUAUGGUACCACCGUCAGUCGUCCCAACCCCGGUUCAAGGUCCUCAAAAAUCAGGACGGAAAAGGAAAGGAAUUGAUCGAAAUUCAGUACGGCAAUCCAACUCUUCAGCGAGCAGUGCCACUGACAAUAUGACACCGUCAGGGUCAAGCAGUGCUGGAAUGCUUAGCAGCGGUCAUGCUCACUCACUUUCGUCUCCUUGUGCCAAACGACAAAUUAUUGUACAACAGCAAUUAACACAACCACAAAAUGAAGUAAUGGAUGGCACGCCUGGGGGAAACUCGAGCAAUUCUUCGCAUGGGCAUAACGGCAGCUUGACGGCACCAGUUACUCCAGGGUCAGUGGGUCAUGACAGUGGAUCCAUCAGCCCUCAUCACAGCGAACCUGACAAUUCUUCUGGAGAUUCUGCAAGAUGGAGGAAAAUUAACCAUCAGCCGCAUGCAUGGGAAAGCACUGGAUCCACUUCUUCAGUUAAAGAUUUGGAGCAAGUGAUGUCGAAACACCUUCCGGGACGAGAGUCUGACCACGUUUCAUCCCUGGGUUCCUCUGGUAUUGAUUUUAGCACAGAUUCACUGCUCCGGCAGCAAGCAGGUCCAAGAACCGGGUCAGCUAUUCAAUGGGUGGGUCCGGGACAAUCUGGACCAGGUUUACCAGUCUCGGCAUUGUUGCGUCAAUUAUGUGCUUCAAGAGAAAGUGUUAUUCGUGCCAACGUGCAGGCUGCUGCGGCUGCGGCCGUCGCUGCUGCCCGAGGAAGUUCCUACUAUCCCGACAUGGUUCAAAACGCGCUUCCAACCCCACCAGGAUCAGAUAAUUACAACGAAUCGCAGUUUAUGUUGGGCUCGCACCAGAAAUCCGGUUCAUCUGACUUUCCAUCCCUUGUCCCCUAUGCUUCAGUUCCCUCGUAUGAUUACCAACCAGCAAUGACUCCUCCAUCCUCGGUUUCCCCCCGGGACAAGCCACCCUAUGGGGACCCUUCCUCCAACGGGUACGGGGACCCUUCUUCCCUGUCCAAUACCUCUUUCAGGCCACCUCAAUCUUACCUCGACGGUGGUCCUGCACAACCUUUACCAUUGAAACCUCAAGUUUACGGAUAUCAUCCCCAUUCAGCACUAGAAUCUCAUCAAUCCUAUGGCAAUCCUCUGACUGAUCAUACUCAAUCUCAGUUUUACCCCCCAACUCACACCGGAUUCCAUCUAUACCACCCUGGGAAAUCCACUCCUUAUGGAGAUCUAAAAAAUACAAAUUGGUAUUCCACAGCUUCAUAAUUCUAAUAAUUGUCUAAAGUUUUUUAGCAGUAUGAUUUUGCAAUUAUUGCAUUUUGCAAUUAUAUUUUCUGUGAUUUUUAUCCCUUUAAUGUUUGUUUUUACAAUUUACUCAUUUACCAGUGUAUUCUACACUCGCAUUUCAGCAUUUCGUCAGCUCGCCUUUGUUACCAAACCAAAACUUUUAUUUGUUCAACAUCCAUUUGAAUUUUUUAAAUUUCUCUAAUAAUGAAUUUACCUCAUGAGCUGCUGGAGUAUGUGUCAUGUACUAAAUAUUUCUGCAGAUUCAGGGAAAAUAAUUACUCGAUUGCCAUAUCAUGAUCACGAUCAAUGGCAAUCGGGUCAGAUGCCCAUGGACGGACAUCAUUAAUAAAUAAAUAAGUUUAACCUAUUGCAUUUCAUCACGUACUCAUAUCUUCAAUUACGUCUGUCAGGGUCUGUGUCGAUAAUGUAGUGUUCUCGUUUUCAAAUUUAACCAAAUAAAUUCAUCAAGUGUUGUCAAUUCUUAUAAACUUUGCAACCGCUGCUAAUAAUUAACAGCCUGAAAUAGUAUACGAAUAUUCCUUACCAUUGCUAAAUACAUUACCACAACCAACUACAAAAUAAUUGUCUCCCACAACCAUGAGUAUUAUUAAUGUGCUGAAUAUAUUUUACGUGACUUUAAUCACGUACAUACAUACUUUGAUCGAAUAUGGGCAAAAUGCAAAAGUAUUGCAAAGCAUGUGACGCUAAUAAUGAAUUAUAAUCAUAUUCAUAUGUUAUCAUUAUUAGGCUGGCAGGCAUUAUUGUCAGUGAACGAGGCUUUUAGGAAUAUGUACGUAGGUUUAACUAUAUUAUUACAUAUGUAUACCUCAUAAGUAAAAUAAAAUAAGUAUUAUAAACCCGA